AUGAUGACAAAGGAAGAAUUAGUUCGUUAUGUUGGCGAUGUUCGAAAUUCUAAGGGUUUUGACAUUGAGAAUGAUACUCCUUUGGUCGAACGGUGGAUGGACCCUGUUGAUCAACUCCAAGGUCCGGAGGCUGCAACCAUUGAAAGGUGUGCUCGAGUUGCUGUUCACCGUUACAAUGUGAAGAAGAAGGGCAAGAAAAUUCUCAAGUUUGACAAGGUUGUCAAGGCAACUCUGGCUAUAAAAAGUAUUCGUGUUUACUACAUAACCUUGGAGGCUGAAUCUAAAAUGAGACAACAACUUAUCAGGCCAGGUGUAUUCACCCCUACUAUUCUGAUCUCAGUUCUCUCUCAGGUAGCUAUUGCUUCUUUAGCUUAUGCUGCUUUUGGUGGCCAAGAAAAGUACGUAAUUUAA